AUUUUGAGUUGUUUUGGUUCUCCGUGUAGUUUACGAUUUGUUAAAAGCGAGCGUCGUGUGUUUGAACUUGAAACGUUUUCUCCAUAUUUUGUAUUAAAAAACGCCAAAAAAUGUCCAUCGGAGUUCCAAUCAAGGUUCUGCACGAAGCGGAAGGACAUAUCGUGACCUGCGAAACGAUUACCGGCGAAGUGUAUCGAGGAAAACUGAUCGAAGCCGAGGACAACAUGAACUGCCAGAUGACGCAGCUGACCGUAACCUAUCGCGAUGGGAGAACCUCCAAUUUGGAAAACGUCUACAUACGGGGAUCGAAGAUUCGAUUCAUGAUUUUGCCGGACAUGCUCAAGAAUGCGCCAAUGUUCAAAAAGCAAGGGGCCAAAGCCGGCACGGCUGGCAGAGGAAAAUCUGCAAUUCUACGAGCGCAAGCUGCGAGAGGUCGUGGUCGAGGAGGCGGUGGUGGUGGAGGUGGUGGUGGUGGCCCUGGAAAUCGCCAGCAAGGUAAAGGUAACUGGCAAGGUCAAGGACCAUCUGGCGGAAGAGGUCGAGGAGGAUUGUAAUCUUAAGAAAUCAUAAUAUUUAAGUCAUUUGAAGUAUGUAGAUCCAGCAGUGAAAAUGAGAAAUACAUUGAGAAUCCUUUCAAA